AUCCAUUUCGUGUUCUCACAGGUCAAAAUAUCCAAACCCUUCACAGUGCUUCACUUCACUGUACAGGCUCCUUCUUCUUCAGAAAAACACACACACACACACACAAUUUACGAGAAAAAGAGAGAUGUUCAUAACUCAUUAUCUGCCAAGAUUAUCAAUCCCCAUCUCCCACUCUCCAUUCUUCCACACCCAGCUCUUCUUCCUCACAAAACCCACCUUUUCAGUCUCUUCAACCCUUGUUUCCCCUCCAAAAAUCUCCCAUUUUUCCUCAACUCCCACCAUUCCAUCACUGACCCACCAAGAAACAAGUGAUUCUGAAGAACCCCAUCUGCAAAUUUCACUUGAAAAGCUGUUUGUUCCUCCCGACACUGAGGUUUCAGCCACAGAUGUGCCAAGAAUCUUGAAGGGGUCUAAUAUUGUGGUGAGCAAGUAUGCUAGAGAUGCUCAGAUUAGUCAGGCUGAGUUUGUGAAGAGUAGUGUGGAUACUGAGAGUUGUCCUGCUGAUGGGGCUCCCGAGUUUGCUCUUGUGGGGAGGUCUAAUGUGGGGAAAUCUUCUUUGUUGAAUUCUUUGGUGAGGCGAAAGAAGCUGGCUUUAACUUCCAAGAAGCCUGGGAAGACACAAUGCAUCAACCAUUUCCGUAUCAAUGAUAGUUGGUACCUGGUGGAUUUGCCUGGAUUUGGGUAUGCAUCUGCACCAAAAGAACUUAGGACAGAUUGGGCCAAGUUCACUAAAGAUUAUUUUCUGAAUCGAUCGACUCUAGUCUCGGUGUUUCUUCUCAUUGAUGCUAGCAUUCCAGCCAAGAAAAUUGAUCUUGAAUAUGCAAGUUGGCUGGGUCAAAACCAGAUUCCCAUGACACUAGUCUUCACAAAAUGUGACAAGCGAAAAAAGAAAAAGAACGGAGGAAAACCGCCUGAAGAAAAUGUACAAGACUUUCAAGAGUUAAUACAAGAGUUCUUUCAAGCAGCACCACCAUGGAUCAUGACUAGCAGUGUAACCAAUCAAGGCCGUGAUGAGAUACUACUGCACAUGGCUCAGUUGCGUAACUACUGGCUCAAACAUUAAAAAGGUUCAGAAGGUUCUAGUAAGUAUGUGUUUAUUACUGGAACUCAUCUUGUCUAGCUCCUUUAUCAACAAGAUGGAUGCAAAACGAUUUCGUGUUUCUACACUAUUAAAGUUCCAGCUCCGAACAUCUGCUCUAUCUGAAUUGAUGUGAUGGGUAUCAUUGUCUAGCAAUCCUAGCCGAGGAAGUAGCGAAACACUUUUCUGUUGAGAUCUGAUAGUGUGUUUGCCUCAGUGCAAACACAGUGCAUACCUGGUCAUGUUCAUGUCAACUAGUUGAAAAGUGAAAACAGUAGUAGAAAACAUGAAAGAACAUUAUUGUAUGAAUUUAGCCUACCCUUUUGCUCACUGUAUGAUGCAGUUAUUAAAUGUUUAAUUGUUGCUAAA